UCCUCGGCUAGAAGCUUCUUCCUCUGAUUUGUAAGAUCCAAAUUCAGAAUUCCAAAGUAUCAAGAAUGAUUUGGAUAUUCGUUCUUGGUUCAAUAGUACUGCUGAUUAUUGAGGUUACAACAUACACCAGUGAUUCGAAGGGCGAAUUUUCCACUAAACCUCGAUUCGUCUUCGAAGAAUGUUUGGAUCGGGCUGCAGCAAAAAUAUGCAAUAAAACGCUCAGAAAGGAACUGGUGGACCAAUGGAAGCGAAAACAGUUUCCCAACGAAAGAAACACCCAGUGCUAUUUGCGAUGCGCCCUAAUCGAAAUCGGAACGUUUGAUUCGGAGAGAAAAAUGUUUACGGAAAAAUUGAAACUACAUUGGGAGAGUAAUUUGAAAACAAACAGGGAACUGGAGUCAUUAAAUUUUACUGAUUUUUUUGAGGAUCUUGAAAGCGUUGGGACCAUCAGUGCCGAUUCGGAAAGCAAUUGUGAACCAGUUUACACCAAGUUUCUGGAUCUGUUUAGCAAACACAAAUCAGUUGUCUUGAGACUCUACCACAGUGAUGACUCGUAUAAGAAACAAGUUUACCAAUCGAUGUGUAAAAUUCCGAAUAUAAAAGACGAAUCGUCUUUUAUGUAUUGCGACAACUUAUACUUUCCUAAAAACUCAAAAAGCAAUUGUUCAAGGACCGAAAAUUUGAAACAACCCAAGUACAAUUCGACAAGGUUCAAGUACAUUACCGAUGAUUUCCAACUAGAUGGAAAAAAUCUCAUAGCUGACUCAGAAGUUUUUGGAGCAAAUGUAAAGCUAAUUCAAGAAGCUGUGCGGAAAUGUAACGAAGAAGUACCUGAAAAGAAUGGCGUUGUUCAAAAGCCUUGGUAUCGGUACAAAUGCUUGAGAGAAACAACCAAUAUAUUCUGUUGGGAUCUAAACAACAAUUUUAAAGCAUCUGACAGUAACGAUCCUUGACAGAACCUAAAUUUACCGACAAGUUAAAGGAAUUUUAUCAAAGGAAGGUCAAAAUCACGUUUGAUUUCAAAUGAAAUCAGUGUGCAAAUUUCUUAAGAGUGUCUUUAACAGAAAAGAACGAUUCCCACGACCUCACUUAUCAGCAUCAGUGCGGCGGGAAUUUAUCGCAAACUAUUUAAAAACAAACAUUAAACGUUGAAUAAAUAGCAAAACUUGU